AUGUUCUCGCGCGAGGAAACCGCUGCAGUUCGCAAGUAUCUCGAAGGCCACGUCAUCAAGAUUCUCUUGCUCGGCCAACACGGAACUGGCACAGACAGCAUCCUGAUGCGGCUUAUCUGGGAUUACACCGAGAUACCUACUGUCUUCGACCCAACUACCGAAGAGCCCGUCUACAACAAACAACUGCGCUUUGGCAGAAUCCCAGUUUUGUUGGAGUGCCAGACAUGUGAAUAUAGCGGGAAUACUGCCAUGCCAGCAGGUAUGGGUCGCGAAUCCGAGGCCCACAUGUACGUAUUCAGCGUCGGCGAUAGAGCAAGCUUCGAGUUGCUCCCCAAGAUGCAUGCCGAACUCGGCGGCCCUCGCUCAGGCGGCAUCCCGCAUUGUCUGUUUGUAGUGGCAAACAAAACCGACAUACCAUUCGAGAGUUGGGAAGUCUCAAUGCAGGAGGCUAAAGAGUUCAGUCGCAGCAUCGGUGCCGAGUUGCUUGCCAUGUCUGCCAAGACAGGCAAGGGCUGUGGCAAGGAAGAUGCCAGAAUAUUAGCAACGCGUGUGCUUCUAAGCAGGAUUAAGGGUGAGGAGGAAAAUGCAAACGUUCAAUCUGCACAGAAGCCUGCAGAUUCAGCUGUCAAGAGUCGUGGUGGGGCGCUAGAGAAGAUUACACAACUGUUCAAGAGUUUUAGGAAGAGUGGUGAUUGA